UCAUGGGUCCCUCUCAGUACACAAUUGCAUACGUCCGCAUGUGCUUCACGGUCUGUCUCUUACAGGUUUAUUUGUGGAUUACUCAGCCCUUCUGGUUUGUGAUUAAUUCGGCAUGAUCCCCUCAGCGACAGCUCUUCCUCUUUUCGCGCUAUUCACGCUGACGUUAGAAAUACCUUUGUCUUCCAAAGUUACGGAUGUAAAAGGAGAUAUGGACCACAUACGGAACCAUGAAACUAAAAAGAAUACUUUGCGACUUGUUACAUUGCAGGUAAUAAGACAUGGAGAGAGGACACCUGUGGAUACCUAUCCGAACGAUCCUUACGUCAAUGAUAAUAUGAAACCUUACGGUUGGGGUCAGCUAACAAAUGAAGGAAGAAGAAAUCAAUACAAUCAAGGAUUGUUUCUGCGAAAGCGUUAUGGUGAUUUUUUAGGUUUGAUGUAUAAUCCCAACAUAUUCUAUCUGCAAUCUACCGGUGUAGAUCGUACGAAAAUGUCAGGCAUGGUGGAAGCCGCUGCUCUAUGGAAACCCAGCAAUAAGCAGUUGUUCAAACUUGAUCUACCUUGGCAGCCAGUCACAUUGUUCUAUCAGGAACGUCAAGAUGACACGCUUAUGUUAGUGUGGAAUACAUGUCCGAAAUAUACAAAACUGCGAUCUUCAGCGAACGAUUUGCCAGAAAUCCAAAAGGUGCACGAAGAUAAUAAGCAAUUGUUCGCGGAGCUCUCGAACUUCACGGGCAUGUCGAUUAGUACUGUCGACGAUGUCAGCUCACUUUAUGCUACGCUAACAGCCGAGAAAGAAAUGAACUUGAUUUUGCCAGAAUGGACAAAGGAUUAUUAUCCCGAUAAAUUACUGUCCUUAACUUUGAUCGAACUGCAGCUUAACACGUAUAACGAUGAGUUCCGCAGACUAAAGGGUGGUCCCAUGUUAAAGAAAAUCAUCAAUGAUAUGCAUGCCAAAAAGGAAGGCACUCUACAACCUAAAAGGAGGAAAAUGUUUAUGUAUAUCGGUCACGACAGCACUAUCGUCACUCUACUAGACACGAUGCACAUUUGGUAUAAUCAAAUACCCCACUAUAAUAUCAUGACGAUAAUAGAACUGCAUGAAGACGAAGAUGAAUGGAAUGUUCAAGUGUUUCUAAGGAACACGACAGCUCACGAACCGUAUCCGAUGGUAAUACCUGGAUGCACUGUUAUAUGUCCUCUUGACAAAUUCGUGGAGAUUUUGAAGCCAAUGAUACCAGAUAACUGGGGGGAAGAAUGCAAGGUCGAUAAUAAUUAUACAACUCCAUCUCCGCCACCUGCAUGA